AUCGCCGCAACGCGCCGCUCCCGGAACGCCAUCAACGAGCCUGCACCUCUGCGGGCGGUGACGGAGGUCGAGGUUCGGGGACACCUCAAGACGUACGAGAAGGAGGCGAUCGAGAAAUUGAUGACCCAUUUGCGCUUGCAGGGUGGCCGCCAGCUCCGGAAGGGUGGCGACGCUGAUACUGGGCUGGGCACGUGGACGUGGUUGGCUGGGCAAGACCCGGGCGCUCCCCCAGGGCGUUCACGAUUGUUUCUGGCAGGGGAGGACGAGGUGGCGCGCGCGCGGGCUUCCCUGCACAACGAGACGGUCAAGAUCGGGAGCGACGCGUUCACCGCGCAGGUUUUCAACGACUUCCUCGACUCCAGGGCGGCGCAG